GCGCCCCCCUUGCUGCCUACUCCAGUGGCGCCAGCGGUGCUCUCUCCGCCUCUGACCUGCCCUCCAUCCCCUCGCACCCGCGCCUGCGCAUGCACCCCCGCCGCCUCGUGAAGGCGGCAUCAGGAGGGCUGUUCCAGGCGGCAUCAGGAGGGCUGUUCCAGGUGCACGGCACUGGCAGUCCGUCCCGUCGCUCGCCCCUCAUGUCACCGCUGCUAACAGACGCCCCCGCCAACCUGCAGGCGCUCAACCUCGACCAGAGCGUGCCUCACUUAUCCGAUGAUGUGUACCGUGUGGGAGGGAGGGAUGAUAAGGAUCAAUCAGAGCAUGGUCCUGCCAACCAACCUGCUGCUGCCAACCAACGUGCUGCUGCCAACCAACCUGCUGCUGCCAACCAACGUGCUGCUGCCAACCAACGUGCUGCUGCCAACCAACGUGCUGCUGCCAACCAACGUGCUGCUGCCAACCAACGUGCUGCUGCCAACCAACGUGCUGCUGCCAACCAACGUGCUGCUGCCAACCAACGUGCUGCUGCCAACCAACGUGCUGCUGCCAACCAACGUGCUGCUGCCAACCAACGUGCUGCUGCCAACCAACGUGCUGCUGCCAACCAACGUGCUGCUGCCAACCAACGUGCUGCUGCCAACCAACGUGCUGCUGCCAACCAACGUGCUGCUGCCAACCAACGUGCUGCUGCCAACCAACGUGCUGCUGCCAACCAACGUGCUGCUGCCAACCAACGUGCUGCUGCCAACCAACGUGCUGCUGCCAACCAACGUGCUGCUGCCAACCAACGUGCUGCAGGCCCUUCCUUACAAGCUGAGUGUCACGCCCCUUCCUUUCCCCCUCCGCCUCCUCCUCACAGCGAGUUCCAGGAGUUCAAGCAGAGGAGCCGGCGCAUGCGUGAGGGGGCAACCGAGUUCCAGGAGUUCAAGCAGAGGAGCCGGCGCAUGCGCGACGAGGCGGAGGGGGUGCGCUCGUGCAGUGACCUGCUGGGCAAGUGUGGGGGUGGGGGGUGUGCUGGAGGGACCGGGAAAGAAGGCAUGCUGGGGGACCUGCAGAGAGAGGAUGCGCUUUUGCCCAUCCUGCCCAUCCUGCCCAUCCUCUCUGGGCAGAAGGGGUGGGUGUGUCGCUCCUCUGGUCGCAACACGCCCACCUACCUAGAGAGCUCCCACUCCUCCCCGGACCUGAAGCCCUUCCUAGCAUCUGCAGCUUCAGCACUCCUCUGCUCCUCCUCCUCCGCAGCUGUCUCCUCCGCUGCCGCUCCUGCCACGUCAUACCGCUCCCCGUCGCCGUCCAACCUGGCGCGCUCGAACUCGCAUUCCGUGGACGCUCCUGCCACGUCAGCGCCGGCUGCCACCUCAGCAGCCAGAGCUCUGGCACCGAAGCCAGCUUCUGGCGAAGCAUCAGCAACAGCAGCAACGGCGCCAGGCGAACAGGAAAAGAGCACAGGGAAGGCAGCAGAUGGUGGUGUGGGAGCAGGAGGAGGAGGUGAAGGUGGUGAAACAGCAGCAGACUUGCCGAGUGGUGGUACUGGUGGAGUUGGGGCAGCAGCAGGAACGGCAGGGAAGGAGUUCAAGUCCAACGCUAAGGAGUUCAAGUCCAACAUCAAGGAGUUCAAGUUCAACCCCAACGCUAAGGAGUUCAAGUUCAACCCCAAUGCCAAGGUCUUCACACCCACCUUCUCCAUGCCCGCCGCUGCUCCUCCCCCUCUCCCCCCGCCCUUCAUUCCCGCCUACCCCUCCGCCCUCCCCCCUCAGCCCCGCCCAGACCACCCCUUCCCCUUUCAACCCCUCCCUGGCGCACCCCCCUCCGCCCCUGGCGCCCCCAUCCCCUUCCCCGCCCCUAUCUACCUCCCCACCCCUCUCCCUCCCCCCUCCCCCGCCCUGUCUUCCCCCAUCCCCCCUGCCAACGCCACUGGCGCCCCCACCCCUCCUGCUUCCGCGCUCCCACUCCCCCUACCCUCCCCCGGGUCCGUUCCCCCUGUGGGGCAAGCAGGGGCGGCAGGGCUUAUACCUAUCCCUGUUUCGUUGCCAGGUGGCAUGCCGCCAUUGGCUGUGGCGCCCCAGCCUAUGUACAUGCCGCCCCAGCAGCAGCAACAGCAGCAGCAACAGCAGCAGCAGGCGUUGUUCUCUCAGCAAGGAUUCUUAGGAGGGGGUAGUGGGGGGAAGGAAGGGGGAACGCAAGGGGAAGGCGGGAGUGAUGGUGGGGAGUUUGGGGGGAGUGGAGUGGGGGGGGGAAUGCAGGGGCAAGCAGCUUUCAUGCCCAUGCUACCCCAGGGCAUGCCGCCACAAGGCAUGCCAGGCCAAGGCAUGCCACCCCAAGGGAUGCUGUCGCCCGGAAUGCCGCCCGGCAUGCCCCCUCCCAUGCGCCCCUACCUCCCUGCACCGCACGGCGCCGGCCAGCCCAUGCCUGGAGGCGGCAUGGCGGGCGGCAUGGCGGGCGGCAUGGCGGGCGGCAUGGGCAGCAUGCCAAUGAUGUUCAGCCCGCAGGGGUUUCCCCAGCCCAUGAUCUGUAUCUUCUCCCCGCCUUUUCCUAUUAAUAUUUCAACUCCUCUCGCUCGCCUCAACACUCCUCUCGCUCGCCUCAACACUCCUCUCGCUCGCCUCAACACUCCUCUCGCUCGCCUCAACACUCCUCUCUCUCACCUCAACACUCCUCUCGCUCCCCUCAACACUCCUCUCGCUCUCCUCAAUACUCCUCUCGCUCGCCUCAACACUCCUCUCGCUCGCCUCAACACUCCUCUCUCUCGCCUCAACACUCCUCUCUCUCACCUCAACACUCCUCUCUCUCGCCUCAACACUCCUCUCGCUCGCCUCAACACUCCUCUCGCUCGCCUCUACGCUCCUCUCUCUCGACUCAACACUCCUCUCUCUCGCCUCAACACUCCUCUCUCUCACCUCAACACUCCUCUCUCUCACCUCAACACUCCUCUCUCUCACCUUUAA